UACACUUUUGACAUCUCUAAUUUCUGAUGUCAAUCAAACAUCAUCAAAAUCUACCUUUAAUGGUGUUAUUGUUUAUCAUAAAAAAGUAUUUUUUGUAAUAAAAUUUUAUUUAUAACUUACUAUGUCAGGCGAAAAGAGAUCUGGUAGUGUAGAUAAAUCGGAAGAUGUAGAAGAGGAAGAGUGGAUUGGGCCUAUGCCUUCCGAAGCUGUAAAAUCUAAACCCAAGAAACGAAAAGUGUUAGAAUUUGAAUCUCUGUAUUUAGAAAAUUUACCAUCCUCUGAGACAUAUGAACACAGCUAUAUGCACCGUGACGUGGUCACUCAUGUAUUGGUUACAAAAACAGACUUUGUUAUCACUGCAAGUCAAGAUGGACACCUUAAAUUUUGGAAAAAACAGGAGGAGGGCAUUGAGUUUGUAAAGCACUUCCGUUGCCACUUGUCAACAAUUAGUCAUGUGUCAGCAAACAGCACCGGAACGUUACUGUGUACUGCAUCCCCAGAGAAAACGGUCAAAGUCUUUGAUGUUAUUAAUUUUGACAUGAUCAACAUGAUAACAAUAGCCUUUGAACCAUAUUGUACCGAGUGGGUGCACUCUGCUGGCGACCCUAUAUCUGCUUUAGCUGUAUCAGAAAGGAACACAAACAAAAUCCACAUAUUUGACGGGACGCAAGCGUCGGGCACGCCUCUCUACACGUUCGAAACACUCCACCAACACUCAGUGUGUAUCAUAAAGUACAACCCUGUAUACGAGACAGCCGUGUCCGUGGACAAAGCAGGCAUAGUGGAGUACUGGACGGGCCCAAAAUACGAAUACAAGUUUCCCAAGAAUGUCAAGUUCGAAUCCAAACUGGACACGGAUCUGUUUGACUUUGUGAAGAAUAAAACUUACCCGACUGCGCUGGACUUCUCGCCCGAUGGCAAGAAAAUGGCGUCAAUCAGUUUGGAUAGAAAGGUGCGGGUAUUCCAUUUUCUAACCGGCAAAUUGCAUAAAGUGCUGGACGAGAGUUUGCAGCGGUUCCAGGAGUUGCAGCACCAGACCCAACAGUUGCCUAAUAUGGAGUUUGGCAGAAGGAUGGCGGCUGAGCGGGAGCUUGAGAAGUCGGAGGCGGUGCACCUGGCGAACGUGGUGUUCGACGCGAGCGGCCACUUCGUGUUGUACGCGACCAUGCUGGGCGUGAAGCUCGUCAACCUGGUCACCAACCGCUGCGCCGCCAUGAUCGGCAAGCCGGAGAACCUGCGCCCCUUGCACCUCGCUCUCUUCCAGGGCCGAACGAACCAAUCGAAAGUAGCGGCAACCCUAGAGAUGGAAGGCUCUGAGAACCCAACGCUGCUGAAUGUGAAGACUGAUCCCACGCUAUUCUGCACCGCAUACAAGAAGAACCGGUUUUAUAUGUUCUCCCGCCGUGGUCCCGAUGACGUCAAAAGUCCUGACGUGGACAGGGACGUAUUCAAUGAGAAGCCGUCGAAGGAAGACAUCAUAUCAGCUACAGAGGGGCAGGGAGUGCAGCGGGUGUAUUCGGAGGCCAUCAUUCACACGUCGCUGGGUGAUAUGCACGUGCGUCUAUUCGGCAAGGACGUGCCUCGCGCCGCAGAGAACUUCUGCGGGCUCGCGCGUGCCGGAUAUUACAACGGACACAUCUUCCACCGCGUCAUCAAGGGCUUCAUGGUGCAGACUGGAGACCCCACUGGCACUGGCACUGGCGGCGAGAGUAUAUGGGGCGGCGAGUUCGCGGACGAGUUCCGUCCGCACCUGAAGCACGACCGGCCGUACACGCUGAGCAUGGCCAACGCGGGGCCCAACACCAACGGCAGCCAGUUCUUCAUCACCCUUGCACCCACGCCAUGGCUAGAUAACAAGCAUACGGUGUUUGGUCGCGUGAUCAAAGGCAUGGAAGUUGUGCAGAACAUCGGCUCCGUGAAGACUAACCCGAAGACCGACAAGCCGUACGACGAUAUUCGGAUUGUGUCGAUCACGGUGAAGUGAGUGCGCAUGCGCACGCCCGCCUGUAUAUACCGCUCUUGUAAUAUACUACUCUAUAUCUAAGUUGUUAAAUAAGUUUAAUAAACGAGGAAAUGUUUUAUUUUUUA